UCCAUGCAAAGCAAGCAGUUGAUCUCUUGUAUGUUUAUAAACCCUUAAUCUGAUAAGAGGAAUAUGGGAUCCCUGUCCAAGCAGUCCAAGUUCCAGCUCUACCCAGGGUGAGAGCAGGAGGGGGAGUCCUGGAAAGUCGCAAUUGGACAUUAUUUCUUCCUUCAUUUUAUCAGGAACAGUCAUGUGGAGGAGAACUCUUUUUAAAUGGCUAUCUCACUUGUAAGUAUGAUGAUGUUCUGAUAUGAAUUCAAGGUCGAGUUCCCGUUCUCAUUCUGGUAAAUGGCGUACCUGUAAAAAAGAAGGGCACCGGAUUAAGCGGAGACAUUUCUGUGCUUCUCAAAGCAUGUUUUAGUGGCUUUCACUAGAGUUUUUCAUGUAAGACAUCUGGAUCCCAUUAGCUGUUUAAAAUUGGGUUAUUUUAAGCUUAUGACUGCACAUAGGUGGGGGGGAGUAUUGUAUUUUUAGUUCAGCUCAACUGUACUUUCUUCCCAAAUGAGUAAAGUGCAGCCUUUUCUUUCUGAAUGUGUAGAUUUGGAGGCAGACAACCCCAUGGAAAUACAUGCAACCCCUUGAGCAGGAGCUCUGAAUCUACUAUUUUAAUUUUGUUUCCUAUUAUCCUCUCCCAAGCCCAAACAAAAUCAGAGACAAAACCCCAGCAGAGCUCCUGCUUCUGAGCUCCAGCAGAGGUGAGCACCUCAUCUGUGUGCCCACGUGGCUUUGCACUGACCUCUGCUGCCAGAGCGAGGAGAGCAGGCGCAGGGCUGGCUGGUGGGACAUGAUCAUGCAGCGGUUUGGUCCUUUUAAAGGCAAAGAUUAAAUAUGUCAUGCCUGAAGAGCGUACAGAAGAGCGCCACUUCUGUGACAAAUAAUAAAUCAAAUUUACCCUGGCAGCGGGAUUACACAUGUUGGACUCCUCAUGGGUGGAAUGAAUUACCAGGAUGCAUUCGCCAUUCAUAAGGUGGCAUUGAUUUCUGCAGCCCAUGCAGCCAGAGCAUUUGGUGAGGCUUGUGAAGCAGUUACCCAGCAAAAAAGUUUUUAUUCCUGGUAGAAUUUUUACCUAAUGCUCCUGAAUAUAAAUUUAGCAGAACAGUUUCAUGACUCCAGAAUAGAUUGAUUCCCUUGCCCAGAGAUGAGUUUCCUCUAUUACAUAUUGUAUUUGAAACCAUAAUUAGAUCUGAGCUUUAAAAAAGGUUAGAGAUGCAGUAAACCCCCGCUCUUCCAGGAACCACUGCCGUGCCCUUUGCCUGCAUCAUUGAGCCUAUUCCAGUGUCAAAAUACAGGGUCUGUGUGGUGUUUUUACACUAGCGGCAUUUGGGUAGGUUGCUUUUGGUUGUCUUCAGCCAUAACUCAAGCAAAAGACUCUUCCUGUCAGAUUAAUUUUGGUUUAGCAAACUGUUAUAUCUUUUUUCCUUCUUACUUGAAAGUAUUUUGAUUCCCAGAUUCUGCCAACAAUUGAAGUUGUAUUUCUCCUUCACUUCUAGCGCAUUUCACCACCCUCACAGGGAAGAACUUCUUCCUUAAAAUCUCAUGUAAUUCUUCCCUCCUAGCCCUAAAGUCCCUUGUAAAAAAAAAAAAAACAACCAAAAACAAACAAACAAAAAAAAAAAAAAAACGUACCUCUCCAGAGCCUGAGAAGCCCAGCAGUCAUCUCUGCUACAUGAGUUUAAGAAAAUCUUAAUCUUUAUUUAGGAGUUGCUUGAGUGCCUGCCAAAAAAGUCCCAAGUUCUGUCAUCAUCCCUGCUCUUUCACUGUUAAGAUCUCCUUCUGCUUUCCUGUUCCCUCCUCUCUGGCUCAGCGCUGCUCCAGGUGUUUUCCUGCACUGGCUUAACCCACUGUCCUGCAGCCAGCUGCGCUCCACACAGGGACAGGGAUGAUAAGGCAAUAAAUCAAAAAGGAAAUUGCUGGUUGAGUGAGCAGAGAUCUCUAUAGUUCUGCCUAAUAGCCGUGUGAGCUCACAGGGAUGUUACACUUGUAGGCAAUUUUGCUGCCCCAGAGCAGGAUCAGCUAUGUCUGUGUAUUUUCUCAGGGUUGUUUACUUGACACUCUUUGUGAAAGACAGACAUUAGCCAGAAUAUUAUUAAGUAUCCAAGGCAAGUGAGCAGGUGUAUGGUGGAAGCCAGUGUGAUUUCAAACAAAUAUCCUGCUAUUUCACACCCUGAAAGGUAAAUAACCUAUGCAAGGCAAGACAUCCAAGGAACCAAAAAAAGUAAUAUUUUGAGCAUCUUCCCCUUUCUGUUAUUUUCAGUUUUGUGCUGAACCAUGCUGGUACCUGACACCCUGAGAAUUAGGAGUUGUAGUGCUUCCUUGGUGAUAGCAUAGUUUCAGUGCACUGGUCGUGUUCUGGGUGGUGACAGCAGGGAGGGCAUGGUGGGAUCUGAGUUCCUUCAUCCAACAGGGCCAAGCAGAAAGUCCUUAUUGUUGGCUGAACUGGGAUCCUACAAAGGAAAGGCACGAGGCAGCAUCUGGAUAAAACUGCGCAGUCGGACUCUUUCUGUUAGAAGGGAUCCCUGGCCUACAUCCUGUGUUUGAUAGUUGCAGCAAUUUACUGCAACUUUUCUAAAAGAGCCACUCAUCUUUGGUAAAUUAUUGUUAAAUAAUUCUUACUCCUUCUUUUUGCUGCUGUUAGCAGUUUCUUUAUAAAUAUAUACAAUCGAUUGACCAAUGGUUUAGGAUUUGCAAAUCUUAAGACAACCAAAUACCUUGUAAAAUGUUUUGCCAGAGUGAAAUUUCUAAUUUAAUUGAUCUUUAACAUAAUUAAAGUUGUGUUAUAAUUUCAUUUAUUAGAAGGAAUGCUCUUGUGUUAGUUACAUUUCAAGGAAGAAGUCUAAACAUGUAAAAGAGUCUCUGUCCCACAAAUUACAGCUGUAAUUGGUUGUGGAUGGAUCUUCCUCUGGUAUUUAUUCCUGCAGCUGGGACAUGGGACUAUAUUGGAUCCAUUCUGAGUUUGUCUAAUGAGUCAGGGUUCAUGAGGCUUGGCUGACACACGUUCCGCUCUAUCUCAUCUGCUUUCAUCUUAGAGAACUGUUAACAUUUCACCUGGCAAACUCCUCUCCCAGCCAAACCAACAGCAGGAAGCAAUGAAACCUCGUGAUGGAGCAGCUGGCGCAGUGACUUUCGGGCCAAGUGUGUGGAGUUGGCUGGUUUGGAGCUCUUCUGGCUAUGGAUGCUGUCAUCUAGACUGUCACAGACAUCCUCUCCUCAGUCAGGCUGCCCGUCCCCUUCCAUCCAGGCAGGCAAAGUCAUCUCCUCAUCCCAGAAGCACAGCAAGAAGGCACUCAAACAGGCUUUGAAGCAGCAGCAGCAGAAGCAGCAGCAGCAGCAGCAAUGCAGAGCAGGCAUGCCUGUGUCGUCUAACCAGCACAUCCUUCUGAAGGCCGUCAAGGCAGCCAGUGACUCCACACCUGCAAAAUCUGCUUGGGAAGGAAAGCAGUCAGAUGGACAGUCGAGCAGCCCUCAGAACUCCACCUCUGGUUCCUCUCCCUCUGUUAAGCUUGAUAACUCCUUGCCAGGGUUGGGAAAGAAACCAUUCCAGAGAUCUGACAGGCUCCACGCAAGGCAGCUGAAGAGAACAAAGUGUGCUGAAAUUGAUGUGGAAACUCCCGACUCCAUUCUUGUGAACACCAACCUGCGGGCGCUGAUCAACAAGCAUACGUUCUCCGUCCUGCCUACAGAAUGCCAGCAGCGCCUGCUGCUGCUGCUGCCCGAGGUGGACAGGCAGGUUGGGGCAGAUGGUUUGAUGAAGCUCAGUGGCUCUGCACUCAACAACGAGUUCUUCACCUCAGCUGCCCAAGGCUGGAAGGAGAGGUUGUCAGAAGGUGAAUUUACACCAGAAAUGCAGCUAAGAAUACGACAAGAAAUAGAAAAGGAAAAGAAGGUCGAGUUGUGGAAGGAACAUUUUUUUGAGAGCUACUAUGGCCAGAGUUCUGGGCUAAGUCCUGAAGAGUCCAGGAGACUGAUAGCAAACACCGGCCCUGCUGAGACAGAGACUGAAAAUCUAGUAGCUGAGCCACCAAAAUGCCCACCAGCCUCUCUUGUCCCACUCAAGGAGGAGAUGACCUCUCCAUUAGAGUCUAAAGCACAAGCAGUCCAGGAAGCACCAGCGAUGAAAAAAGGAGGGGAAGAAGGAAGGGAGGACGUGCAGCUGAAACCAGCCAAACCCACAGAGGCCUCGGUCUCCCCUGGUGGGUGUGCAGUGAAACCCAGUGACCAUUCCUUCCCUUUAAAAGAGAGAGUCCACGGAGAGUCCGUUCAAGAGAAACCACAAACUGCCACCAGUCAAAAGGCAGACGUAGAGAGAAAGCACCCUGCCUCAAAGGAGGUGCUGGGCAGAGAGACUGUCAGUGCCUCAGGUGUGGCCCCAAGUAAACCAAAAAGCCCCGAAACAGGUGAAUUAGUAGCAAACAUGAAAAGCCCAGUGAUGACUUCAGAAACACCAGAAAAGAAGCCCCCUGUAAAUGAAGACAUGGAAGUCAGUGUGGAAGCCCUUAAGAGGAAGUCAGAGAGUUGGGAAGAAGCUCCAACCACUCCCGAAAAAAAGCCGCGCAUCAUGGAGACCUGUCAGCACCACCAGGCGUUUCGGAGCCAGGCACAGCCCUUUCCUGCUGCAGGGACCCCAGUGCCGCGUGUACCCCCACUCAAGAUUCCCGUUUCCAGAAUCUCCCCAAUGCCAUUUCCUGCGGGCCAGGUCUCUCCCAGGGCACGUUUCCCAAUCUCACUUACCAGUCCGGGAAGAAGAGGAGCCAGAACUUUGGCAGACAUCAAGGCAAAAGCCCAGCAAGCCAAGGCUCAGAGGGCAGCAGCCGCUGCCGCCGCCGCCACCGCUGCUGCUGCUGCUGCCGCCUCGACAGGGGGGGCUGUCCCAGGGCCCGGACCAGGUGGUGGUGGGGGUCCACCGGGUGGUGGAGGAGAGAAGAGUAACACAGCAGCAAGCGGAACCACCCAAACUGGAACUCAAGGAAAUGCACUGGAACUGGCAGGAACUGGAAGUGGGGGAAGUUCGAGAAGGUUUCUUACCCAUUGCCCAGGGACCUGUCCCCAGGUGGAGACCCAGGCCACAGACCAGGCACCCCCUCACCAUCCUUCUAGAGCACAACUACAGCAAACUCCCGCCCUGCAGUCCAGAGCUCCAACCAGCAAUACAGGCACCGGCUCCUCCUCACCAGCGGCACCGGCACUAGAGAAUAUCAACAGAACAAAACCGAGCCCCCACGGUGCAACCAUAAAUCAGGUGUCAGGCUCCCUGUAUGCAGGCAGCAGGGAAAAACAAGAGAAAGCACCCACUGCUCCAGCAUGCCCAAUCCAGGGCUGUGGGACAGCAGCGGUCCGGGAUGGAGCAGCCUGUAUCGCUACGGCUGCAGCAGAUGCCAACACAAGCGUAACUAAGGUAGCACCUACAGCCUUAGGAGGGACCAGCUUAGAUGUUUCUAAAAGCAAGUCUCCUUCCCCUCUUGUGUCUUCGCUGAUAUCCAUGAGCUCAGAAGCACAGGCUGGAGGUGUGGUCACAUCCACAACAUCCGUCCCACCCUCUAAUGCAUCGUCAACGGCACCUAGCCUUAAAACUCAUGCAAGUUCAGGCUCAAGUGGGGCCCUCCCAAAGCCAAGCUCCAGUAUUCCUGCUAACAACCCUUUAGUCACUCAGCUUCUUCAAGGAAAGAACGUCCCUCUGGAGCAAAUCCUGCCGAAGGCUCUCACCAAAGUAGAAAUGAAAACUGUCCCUUUAGCUUGCCAUGAAGAAAAAGGGGCAGCAGCAGCCAGUAGUGCAGGUGUAGCUGGGAGCGGCACUGGAGCUGAGGGUGGUGAAAGGCAAUCGAGUCUACCCACACAACAGCUUGGGAAGGUGUUCUGCCAGAACAGGCCUCUGCCUCACAUUCCAAGGACCUUUCCACUCCCCUCAGGAAAGGACCCCAGUGUUGAUCAGCACCAGUUCCACGAGGCGCUCAGUAAAACCACCCAAGAGCAGAUCCUCCAGACUCUCAUCAAGAGGGUCCAGAGGCAGAAUUUGUUGCCAGUCCUUCAGCCCUCACAACUGAACCUCCCUCCCUCAGGUUUCCAGUUAGAAAACAGCUCCGCCAGCCAGAGGUUUAUGUUGGGCUUCAUGGGCAGAAGGACAUCCAAGCCUGCCAUGUCUGGUCAUUAUCUGCUCAACAUUUCCACCUAUGGUCGCGGCUCAGAGAGUUUGAGGAGAAGCUUCUCCUUGAACCCUGAAAACCGCUUGUAUCUAAACAGUCCUGCUGAUGCUCCAAAACCGGAAUUUGGGGAAUGUGAGGAGGCUGGCCUUGGCAGCAGCAGUGAUGAAGGAGAUGCAGAUGAUGAGAGUACUGGUGAUGAACAUGAACAGACCAGCGUGAAAGAGGAGCCCCAGGCCUCGCAGGUGUCUGGUCAGUGUGAAAAAGAGCAGGUCUCACAUGGCAUAAAUUCUUCAGAUUACAGCACCCUUCCUAAAAAGGGUGUAAAGGCAGAAGCAGCCAUGUCCCAGCAGGCAGCAGGCAACAAGGAGAACGUUCAGGCAUUUGAUGGAACUAUGCUAGCACGAGAUUUCAUUCAGGCCGCUCACGAGCAAGUGGCACAUGCGAUGAGGGGGAAAAUGCACAGCAAUCCGGAGCUGUUCAAUAGUUCUGUGCCGUCCUCGGACUCUGCGCCGCAGCAGCCUCCGCUGCUUUCUCCGCCACACCCUCCAAAGCUGUCUGGGAGUGCUGCAGCGCAGCUCAUUGGGCCCAGUUACAGUGGCACAAUAAACGUCUCCACCUCCCCGGAUGUGAACCAGGGGUCUCUCAUGACCGGGCUGUCUGACUGCAACCAGUUGUCCAGUAGCAUGGGGAAUGUCAUGUCCUUCUCCGUGACUGUAACCACCAUCCCCACCAGCCAAGCUGUGAACUCUGGCAACCACAGUCAGACCAUCCCUGUUCAAGCCUUCGCUGAAGACAGCAGCAUGGAGGAUUCCCCUUCCAAAUGUUACUGCAGGUUGAAAGCCAUGAUCAUGUGCAAGGGCUGCGGGGCCUUCUGCCAUGAUGACUGCAUCGGCCCCUCUAAGCUCUGUGUCUCCUGCCUUGUCGUGCGGUAACCGGAACGGGAAGUGGGGAGGAGGAGGAUGGCUUGAUUUUGGUUUUGCUUUUGGAAGUAUGUGGGGAAGAAACAGGAAAUUUACUGCCUUGCACAAGAGACACGUUACUGAAUCAGGAAUACAGAGUAGAGUUCUUCUUUCAUUAAAGAAAGAGCACCUUCUUGUACAGUGAGUCUAAAUUGAGCUCAACUACGUGAAUUGUGACAAGAGUUUGCACUUAAGGAAUUAUGUAAAUAUGUCACAUUAUUUUGUUUAAAAAUAUUUUUUCAAUCUUUUAGGAGAUAAGUGUUUGACUUGUACUGCAGUUUCAUUAACCCCAGCCUGCUCUCCAGCAUGUUUGCUGAGCUCUGCUCUAGAUGGGGGAACGACCACCCCCGGCAAAACCUUAGCCUGUUGUUGGUCUUCUCUUGACAAAGAGAAGACCAGGAUAAUCAAGAAACACAAUGUUUGUACUGACUGAUGACAGAGCACCGAAGCAGGAGCUCUGAACGGGCUCGCUCACUGGCUCUAAAUCCAAGUUCAAAUUUUUCAGAUGUGGAAGGCGUUAACAUUGUGCCAGCCUUUCACUUCUGACCUGGCUGUUUCUGGAAGGCAUACUGGGUUGUGCAAUAUUGGCUGAUGGGUUUGAUUGGCAUAUCCUCUCCUCUUCAAGGGGUCAGUUGCAGUAACCUUGUUUGAAGGAAGGUAGUGUCUGAUUUGCUACUGGUAAGUACUGAAAAAAAGCAACUGUACUAACCAUAGGAUUCAAGAAUUUCAAUCACUAAAACAACUCAGUGACCAUGAUUAGUGGUAGAUCCCAGGAACCAUUUAAAGCAGAGAUCACAAAUAUGUGCUGAACUGCCUUUCAUUUCGGGCUGUCGGGACUCGGCAGAAACGCGCUCUCUGAGGCGUUUCGAGUGAACUGGCAAGAGCUGUCCCACAGUCAAGAGCUGUGUCGGCGCGUGAUGUGAGUGAGGUGCCCCAAGCUCGGUCCUGCUGCUUUCUGGGAAGCUUGCUGGCUCCUCCAGACCUCCACCACAGUCAGACGUCUUUCAUUUCUAUAGAGGAUUUUAUAUUUAGCUACAUAUAGGGAAAGGAAAACAAGUGUCUUGUUGGGCCUCACUGUUGCCUGCUGUGGGUGUCUCUUUGUGUUUUAACAUACCAAAUCAGGCUCGACUCGGCGCAGAUUUGCUCAGUUGAGGUUUGGGGUUGUGUGGGGCUUGGGAGGGGGCUGUGCCCCCCGCCUCAACCCCGGUCGUGGGAUAUUGCUAGUGAUGCUCAUCCUCAUUUCCAGUGUUCAGGAAUUCAUUCAGUUUGAUUAAUUGAAAUUAAAGCCGUUACAAAUGGUACUCUGUUCUCAACAAUUGGCGCCAGGCUGGCUAAUGAAGCACAUGCCAACCUGCAUUUUGAUGUAUCGCAACACGCCCACAUCACAUUGAGGACCUGUGUGGUGUUUCUCUUCCGAAACGCAGAACAUCAGGUUCACUGAUCACAUCCAGUCCCAUGUUGUCACUGUUGGGGGCGGGAGGGGGCCAUACUGCAUCUUGGUCAGGUAACAGAUCUGUGUAUGUUUUUGAUGGAAAAGCACUGAAUUCACUUUUAAUCCAAAGGCCUUUUUAAGAUGAAGCAAUACUAACAAAAUAGAUGGGACAGCUGUUUUGUGAGCGGGGUCCUCAGCCUGCCUUUCCUCUCCCCAUUUGACUUAUACUACUGCUUUCCCCUUUCCCUUCUCUCACGCUGUUGGUAGAGCCCAGAGAUACUCCCCUGUGAAGCAGUGUGUUUUUCCAAGGAGCAGGUGGUGAUUUAUUUAGUAAUGAUAAAGAAUAGCAAGUUGCAGAUUUAAUCAUAACAGAAGCGUUUCCUUCCCUGCCCAGCAGAGUGUGGCCCCCCUGGAGCAGGAUUAGUGGGUGUGAGGUAGCAGGAGCUGCAGCAUAUCUUGAUCUCCAUUUUGCUCUUAUAUGUAGUGGGGAGCAGCAACCCUCCUUUCUAAUUACACAUCACUGCUCAGACAUCCAGUGGCACAGAGGAUUGAAGUAUUAGAAAUAAAGUCCAUGUUUUUACUUCCAAACUUAAAUCUCAGAAAAUCACACAAAAAUUGCUGUUGUGUGCAUGCUGCACAUGCGCUGGCAGUGCCUGUAGGCCAAGAAACACCCCCCUGCUUUGUGUGUGCACGUGUGAAGGGGCAGAGCAGCAAAUGUGGGUCCCUUCUCCUGUUGUUAUCCUGUUGUUACCCUAUUGCUACCCUGUUUCUACCCUGUUUUGCUGUAAUGGGGAUGACUCUUUCCCUGGGUGGCCAUGUCCAUCGGCACCAAUUCAGAGGGCAGCCAUCACUGCCUGCUUCUAUCACCUCUUCUGUAACGGGAAUUUCUGCCACUUUAAAUCUCAGAUGCAGUGUUGAAUGGUUUCAAGCUGCCUGCCCUGGGCAGUGCAGGACUGAGAGCAGGGUCUGUCUCUUAUUAGUGCCUCGUCUAGGCAUGAAAGAAGUUACAGCAGUGUAAUCCUUGGGCAGACACAUCCAUUCCUGUUGAAGACAGAUCUCCCACUAUAACCUAAUCUAAAAACUGUUGCUAGUUACAAAUAAAGUGAUGAAGUCAUUUUUGCCUCAAAUAAGAGUAAAGAGGUUUUGCUGGCGUAAUUGGGUCAAUUCUGCUCAUACCUUGGCUUUUAUCAGUGUGAUUUUUCAAGGCUGCUUAAGAGGGGAAGGAGGAGAAGAUGCUGGAGCAGUAAGCUGCAAUCUGCCGCCUUGCCCUUGGUGCUCAUGGGCUUUUUCAACCCGCAGCAGCUGCUGCUGGUGGGCCUGUUCCAUUCUCCAACACAGUCACCGACCCUGGCUGAGGUUCCGGCUUGUUUCUCCCUUUAAAUUUUCCAGGUGUCCCCUGUAGCAUGAGGGUUCAGAUGGCUCCUGUGGCCCUGGCAGUGGGGGAAGCUGCCCCUUCCUAAGCAGCCCUGUGGGAAGUGCAGCAGCUUGGCUCUGGUGGGCCUCAGUUGGGAUGUGUGGUGAAGAUCCUGGUGGCUCCAGACUCAUGUUGGGCAGCGUAGGCAUCCUGUGUGAUGACUUGGAUGUUUACAACUGUUCAGUGCCUUAGUUAUCUUUUAAUGGAUCUGCACUUUCCUUGGGCUACUUCUAUUUCUUUUUAAGAAAAUAAAUUCUUUUAACUGCAUGUCUUUGAUUUUAAUAUAUGCUACGAGCUACUAGGUGCAACUUGAUGGAACGAUCUCCACGGGUUUGUGAGAGGGCAUUAAGUAUUUAAGAAAUCAUAGAAAUAGUGGGGCUCAGUGUAAUAGUCUCUGCAAGUACAGGUCGCCAUAACACCUUGAAGUCUUUGCAUGUUUUACAGUGCUGGUUGUUGAAGCAUGUAUUUUAGAAGGGGGAAAUCCAGCAGCCAGUUUGGGAGUGUUCCCCGCAUGGCAUCAGCCCCUGCUGCUGCCACAUCAGUGCUGAGCUCCUCCUGGCACUCCCCACUCCUCCCAUCAUCUGAUCUUCCUACUGUUCCGUCCAGAUGGACAACAAACCUGCCUUCACAUGAAGUUUAUAAAUAAAACUACUGUCAUGACAUAGUGAAAAAUAUUAGUUCCCCCCCACCAGGUAUUAAUAGCACUAUAGUAAAUGCCAUCAUCAAAAAAAUAUGAGAUAAAAUGUUUUCAAAGCCUAAUGUCGAACUAUGUUUGUGGCAGUAAAAGCAACUAGAGUAAGAAAAGAUACUUGGAUUUAAAUUCUUCCUUUCAAGCCACAUCCAAGUCUUGCAGCGUGAGAACAAGAAAUACAGUGUGAGCCACGGAGUUGAACUUUCCAACGCAAACCCCACACAAACACAUUAUUGCAGUGGAACAGCGAAGGCAGCUCUAAAUGAAUUCGGGUGUUGAGGCAGAUUGGCAGCACAGGGAUGGGGUUUUGAGUGAAAUUUUCAUGUCCCCUCUUAGAUCAAAAGGAAGGACCAAGAUGCUGGGUGGUCAUGCUGCUUGGCAGAGUUUAUGGUAGUAAGGAAUAGCUGAUGGGCAGCAAGUUCCUGGUGAAGUCACAGCCAGGAGGUAUCCUCAGGUCGUAACUUUAGAUGAGUCUCGUUCAGGUGCGGAGACCAUUUUGGGCCUGGUGUGUGCAGUGGUAGGUUGGAAGUGGGCUGAGGCAUCUCUGGUGGGGAGAUCCCAGAAGGGUGAGUGCCAGCCCUGCCCAGACAUUCUCCUCCCUCCCCGGAGGUAGAUGGUCUUCAGCCCAGUGCAGCAAGGGCAGGAGAAGCACGUGGCCUGUGGAAGGGCUGAGGCAGAGCCCACCACUGCUCCAGGGGCAGGCUGUGUCUGGCACCCAUAAGCACUAGAGUGUGGAAAAAAGGAAGGGGCUGGAGUGUUUCCAUUGGAAGGCCAGCGGCUUUCUUCACUGGAACCACCUCACCGGGGGGCUCUUGGAGUCUUGGGGAAACCUUUCAGUCUCACUUGGGAGUUUUGCUUAGGCUCAGUUGUUUGAAGGCCCCAAGGCUGGCCCUCAGCGCCUGCCUUUGCCUCCGUGGCUCUCAUGGUUUUGGGAGGGGAAGGCAGGCAGGUACAAGCUGAAUUAUCUCUGGCAAUGAGCACAGAUGAGUUGUGUCAUUGGGGCAUGCAGGAGGAGGCUGUUCUAGGCCACUGCUGCCUCUGGCUGACCCAUGGUCUGGUGGUUGAUGUCCUGGCAGCCCUCGUGUCGCAUGGGGAGAGCAGUCGAGCGCGUGGUAGGAGGGUGACAGCCAGAAUUCUCGUUGUUACCUAGUGUUGGUUUCUUUUUUUAAUGCUAUACAUUUGAUAUAACUGAAGAUCAAUUUUAAGAGCUUACAGUAAUAUAUUUUAAGUAAUAUAUAUUUUAGUAUCUGUAAAAAAAAUGGACAAAGGAAGAUUUAUGAACUAAAUGCACAGGGUAUUGGGAGUCAGCAGUUUCCCAGCAAGGCCAGGAAUAGUUUUACUAGCAGGAAAACUGACAAGAUUCAUUUUUUUUUUCCACUAAUGCAAUAAAAAUGGGAAUUCUUAAAAAGAAGAACUCCAAUGCUGUUUACCACAUGCGUUUCUUGUUUUGACAACAGGCCUGUAAACGCAGAAGAUACUAAACCUUUGUCUCUCUUUUGCCUUUUUAAAAGGGACUUAAAUUGGAAUAGAGGGUAUGUACAGAAAAAUCAAGUUGACACCAUUUUAAAAUGUAUUUUUACACAAAUAAUAUAGAAAAAAUCAUAUUUUACAUAAGAAUUUUAAGUAUUUGAAAUAUGUAUAUAUAUACUGUAUGUACUUCAUAUAUUCUUUAUUUUACAUUUUCAAUGUAUUAAAAAGUAUUUGAGCUGUUGGAUUUGAGCAUGUAGUAAUGUUUAAAAAACAAAGGAAAAGCAGAAAAGAGGGAGAGAGGAGGGACAUGCUGCCCUGCGCAGCAGCAGCCACGGGGUAGCGCAGGAACCAGGAGUGCCUGAGCAACUGAGUUUUGGAAGAGUUUGGCAGUUCUGGAUCGAGCACACAGACCAGUUUUCAGUCCUGUGUCCUGUUUGCAUUCAUUUUGCCCCAUAACCACCCCAAAUGACCUAUGGGGAGAAGACAAGGUGUUGAGGUGGAUCUUUUACCCAAGCAAUGCUACUGUUCUAGCCAAAGAGGCGUACUGCUACAGAAGCUACUCAACCAAAACAAAAUCAAAGCUAUUCAGUUUUGCUCUGCCACCGAGAUUUUAACAAACAGCUUGAUUUCUGAUGCGAGCAUCUUAUGAUGCUUAUGGGAAAUUCAAGCAAUAUACCAAAAGUCCAACGAUUUCAAGGAAACACUAUCAAAGCAGAUGUAGUUAUUUUCUUAGUUUGUAGGAAUUUGGGUGAGAAUCUCCCUGUAGAGGAUGCAGCAUCUUUGCAGCUAUUAGAAAUGGAGGGGAUUCUCAUCACGAGUGGGAUCCUCGAGCCACUGCCCUUGUGUAGCAAUGCAGAGGGCAGCUGGAGAGCAGGUCAGGCAGACCAGCAGCUCAUGGAGCUGUCAGGAUUGGGCCCAGAUACACAGUGCCACGUAUUGCCAGUGAUGCAGCGGUUUCCCGGCCUCCUGGUACUCUGUUAAACAGCAGAUACCGCUUGUUCUCUACGUACCGUUUCUGACAGAUGAGGAGAGCUGCAGUCCUGUGGUUGCUGGCCCAGUUCUGCAGCUCCAGAGACAAAGAGUACAGAUCCCUGCUGAGGGAAAGGGGGAAGCGGCUCAUCAGCACAGGCAGUGCAGCGCACUUGACUCAUCCCUUUUCCGUAAUGCCUUUUGGCUUAGAUAAAUCUCAAAUUACAUUUACUUCCACUUUCUCCAGCAAACAACUGCAGGAAUCCUGUGUAUAAACUGGAGAUGUUGAUAGCAGUCCUGUAUUGCUGGGACUGACAGGGAAGGAAACUGGAUCUGGGAAAAGAAAAGGUGUUAACCAGUCAAGUUUUAAAAGUACAAAUCUGAAACCUGAAAAGGCAGGCAACUGGGAUUUUUAUACUGCUUCAGUUAUUAUUGGAACCUUUUUAAAAGCAAACCACGGCACCCAGUGCUUUGUCAAAACUUGCUCUGGACACACAGAGGGGCCUUCCACUCUAGAACAGUUGCACUAUAAGAAAGUCCCGCUGUUUAGGGGGUGUAUAUAUGCGGAGUUGGGGGGGGCUGUGCAGGUGUGUCCAUAGUACACACAGCUAUGUUUUAGCUAGGUGUACCUGGUCAGACCAGCUUCAUCUCAGUCUUCUGGUGACAUCAUACCUUGCAAAGUCACCACAGACCUGAGACAGAAUUACAGCUUUUGUAUUUGUUUUCGUAUUUAAGAUAUAUGAGUUAGAAAGAAUAUAUAAUAGCAAUGUGUUUUGAUCUGCUGCACUUUUGAAAAAAAAAACAACAUUCCUUAUUCCCCUGGUACUGCUGCAUCUCCCAUCCC